AUGUCAACAAACCAGCACGAGGGCAUGGCACCGUCGCGGCAGGAGGUGGAAGAGUGGCUUGAGCGCAUCGACGAAAUUACGGCGUCCGUCGAGGAGAUACUGAAUGAGGAUCCAAUGGAGGCGGCACAGAGACGGCAAGAGCGGGAGGCCCUACGCCGUGAAAAUGAAGCGAAGGAAAACCGCGAGAAAGUAAAGAUGCGCUACGAUCCACGGUACUACACCCGCUUUGAGAAUGAUGAGGUCAUUGAUAAGCUGCUGAAAGAGGUUGACCAAGAGGGCGGCAAGCGCCUAGGGGCUUGUAAUGACACGUCCUGUUACAGCAGAGCGGAGCGGGUGUCUUUGGAGGAGACACUUCGGCUGAAGGAAGAGGCAGCGAGGGCCGUUAAGGCAGCCGAAUGGGAAAAGGCACACGAGCUCUACACAACUGCGAUCACCCUCAAUACAGUGGAUGAAGUACUUCAGCGCACGCUUCGAAACAACCGUGCCCUUGUGCAGCUAAAGCUGAAGCACUACCUCGACGCUGUGGAUGACACGAGUUAUGUGCUACAGGGGGAGCCAAGAAACAUGAAGGCGCUGCUUCGGCGCUCGACAGCGCUGAGACACCUGCAUCGCCCCGUAGAUGCGCUGAAGGAUGCCGAGACAGCGCUACAGAGGGAACCAACUAGCAAGGAGGCUGUGGAGCUUGCACACUGGCUUCUACGGGCAAAGAAAGAGCACGGCACGUGCGCCGUAUUCCAGCACCAUCACCCGGAAGAGGCAAAACGUUUGAAGGAUGCUGUUGGCGCAUUGACCACCGCUGUAGCGGUAUUGCGCGAGGCUCACGCCAAGCACACCGACGAAAACCAUGGGGAAGGUGAGGCUGAACAAGACAAUGAGAAUGUGGCGUUGGUGCAGGCCGCUGAGAAUGUGCGCCUCUGCCUUAUGGUGAUUCAGUCCUUUCAUUGCGGUGCUGCCAUGCUGUUCGUCCUCUUCAACGGUAUGCCACCACUGACGGAGCUCGUCUGUGCACUUCUUUGUAACGGAGGAAAGGGACUUUUUGGUUCUGUGGGCGAUGACACAGGAGUACGAAUGUCGACGAGUAGAAUGGUAUUUGUUGUCUCUGCUCGCCUUCUAGCUCUUAUUCUCCUCGGAAGUGAGACAGGCGCUGACGAAUUGGAGCUUUCCACUGUUACGGAUCUCUCGGUGAAUUUAGCUGAAGCACUGGCGUCUGCCAUAAAGCAGGAAUCUGCGGUGAAUCGUGAGGGCGCUGCAAAGGCCUUGACAAUCGCCAUUCUGCAAUUGUUGGAGGGUCUGGCAGUGCGUUUCCCAGUUCAAGUGCACACGCAUUGCGGUGCGGCGAUAAUGAUGGCAUGGGAUGCAAUGUCCAAACGACAACCUGAUCCAUCACUGCUUUUUGUUUACUGCGGUGUCUUGGAGGCACUACUCAAGGAGCCGAGCGUUACAGUGGCUUUCACAGAGGUGGCCCGAGGGCGUUUGCCACACGUCGUCAAGAUGGCCCUCACGACGGGACCGGAGCAGUUGCAAGAAGCCGGCCUCUCCUUGGCGGUGCGUGCAUCAUAUGCCAGCAGAGAUUGGGCCAAGGCAAUGAGCUCCUUGGAUUUCAACCGCCUUCUGGUGGCUUUGCUGCCACCGCCUCAGAAGGGUUGUGGUAAUUCGUUGUCACCACGCACAGAGGAGGGUCUAUAUGCUUUGGUGUAUAACCUCUUCCUGCAGUCGGAGUCGCGGUCUCAGUACGUGGAACAGUGGCGGUUCGCAACGGAUCCAGCCUGCAGAGGCGAGCCCUCCUUUGCGUUGCGUACAUGGCGGUCGCUAUGCGAUCGAGUCCUCUCAAACGGAGCGUCAACGGGGGGUAUAACUGCUCGUUCAAAAAUGAUGGGGGUUAUUUCCAAGUUCUUCCCGCACGAUGAGUCUCUUCGAGUUGCAAUGUUGGAGGGGGAGGAGACACUGUGGUCGAUACUGGAAGCAGCGAUUGCAUCACUCGAAGAAGCCUCCUCCAACGCCGUCUCUGACGCAGCGUCAAAUGACACUGACAGAGUGUCAAGUGAGGCUGUCUACAUGGAACUUGUGGAGCAUGUGACAACCUGUCUUGCCUCUUUUUAUUCUCGGGGCCUCCUACCAAAGGAAAAAGGCCUUGCGUCUCGGAACCGCAUUGCCGUCUUGCUACGCAUUAUUCGCUGCGCGGGGGACCAGCACAUGGUUGCGUUGGGGAAUGCGGCGCUGCUGGGAUCCCUCGUUCCCCCCACUGGUUGCGAUCACUGGGAGGCGCUUCAGGGUGUCAAGGUGCUUUUGGAGGGCCUGCGGGGUGUGCGCGAGGCCAUAUUCGCAUUAGAGCAUGACGGCAAGAAGGGCACUGCGCGGUGGACCCACGCCCAGGCUGCACAGAAGAACCUCGCGAUAGCGCUCUCGAGGUGCUGCGCGGAGGAGUCGCAGCGGGAGCGCCUGCGUGAGUUGAAGGGUUUCGAGACGCUCCAUGCUGUUCUUGAGCAGGUGCUGUGA